AUGGUUUCAACUCAGGCAACUUUAACUACUAUACUACUAUAUUGUGCGGCUGCCCGGCUGAAGAGACAUACUCCGCCACGGAGUUCAAAACCUUAUUAUUUGAGCGUCAGCGGUUAUGUGUACGUGAUUGGUCGAAUUAAUGUUCAUGCUUUGACAGUCAGGACAGACAUGCCACCGGAAUCAGAUCCAUAUUGGACAAGUGAACAACUCAAAUGGAUGGAAGACCAGGUUGCCAUGUACUCAUGGUGCUAUGAAGAUAACGACCUUUUGCUCUUCUGGCCAUUGUUGUUUGAGGUGUUUUUUGCAUGUUGGCCGCAGCGUCAGGCCUUACUCGCUGACAUACCUGAGUCUCAGGUUCUGACUGACGAGCAGCAUCACACAUUAUCCAAGGCUGAAGAUUAUUGCAAAAUGCGCAUUAAGACAUGGCUCGAAUAUAAGCGAACUCUCUCCUCGGCUUGGAUCCCAUAUGUACCGUUUCCAAUGGGAUCUCCAGACGUGCGGCAGGCAGUCUUGCAGUUGGAGCUAGCUCUAAAUGAAGUUGCCUGGACUGGAUCCUCCACACUCAAUUCUGGCCUUCCAAGACCUUAUAUUAUUAACAAUGCCGGCACCCCCAUGGGCAUCAAAAGAGCAGACGCUCUGGCUUCACGAACGUUUUCCAGCAUAUCUGGAUAUCCAGAACACGCAGUCCUCUUUCCCGGCAUAUCCGAGAAUUUGCUUUCUCCGGAGCAAGCUGCCGCUGUUGAGGUGGCAAAGGAAGCAUGUAAGGUGCCAUUAGUCGAGGCUGAGGCAGAAGCCGGCAAUGUGGCAAGUUCUGGCAAGCACGUUGCACUCGGUCAAAAGUUCUCGAAGGAGUUGCUGGAUGACGAGUCUGACAAUGUUAAGGCUGAGAUUCGCGCGAAGUACGAGGAACGGCUGAAAGCUCACAAGAACACCAAACGCAGGACUCAUGCUCUUGAUGAUGAUGAUAGCGACAAUGGUGAGACGGAUGCAGAGUUCAUCACACAAGGUAUUGAUGACUUACCUGUGAUUUGCCGUCGCUUCGCACAACUUGUGAAGCAUAAGACUCAGUUCCUUGUGUCAUUCAUGUUUGCUGGGCCCGAUCCAAGGAAUAAUUGGGACAUGACGACUUUAUCUUGUCAUCCUUUGGAAACACCUGAAGGAAAAUCAUUUCCUGUGUUGUAUGAGACAGCUGACAGAGCCUUCCUAGAGGCCUUUCAACAGUAUGCUGAACAGAUCUUUCCUGCAAACAAGCGCAAACCUAGUGCAGGCGACAACAGCGAGAGCAAGAUGGCCGAGGAGAGUGAUGAAGGCGAGCCUGAGGGGGAGAACAAAAAGUUGGUAGAGGAGGAUUUUCAGGGUGAGAUGGCUGGGAUGGGGAUGGGGAACUCUGGCAACGCCAGCCCUAUGACAGGAACAGUCGUCCUUUCGAUUCCUGGUGCAUUGGAUCCAUUAGUUGAUGCAUCAGUUGCGCCUGGCUUGCAUCAUGCAAAUGACACGCAUCAUGGGAACGGCAUGCAGACAACCAUGCAUGGGACACAGACUGAGCUGCCAUACAGUAUGCAGGCUCCUCCAGCCUAUGACACACAGGCCACGUAUGGGACGCAAGCCCACCUUGCCUAUAACUCAGACUCACGGGCUCAGUACCAUGCCCACGCUCAUGCAACUGCAUCACUCUCUCAUGCAUCCUUCCAGACUGCCCUUCCUCACACCAAUGCAUCAUUUCAGCAAGGAUUGUCACUCCCGAUGCAGAUGGGCAACUACCCUGGCUUCAGCGUCGAGCCUUCCAAUUCAUUCUCACAGGCUGACAUCACCCCCAACUUUUCGUUUGCUGAGGGGUUUCAGGUCCCAAACUGGAACUUCUUUGACACAGGAUUUCCUGCUCCUCAAGGCAGGUGGCCACUGUCAUUAGGUCUUCUGUCCCCCACCUCUGCAGAGCGCAGUAGCACGGCUGAAAUCAAUGACGACUCACUUCCUAUUAUGCCGUCACCUGUUCCUGCUAAGACCAUUGGAGCCUCCCUUCCCAUGCUGCCUUCACCUGUUGACUCACUUCCCGUCCCUUUGCCUACUGCGCCUUCUCUCGCUCCAGCUCUAGAAACUUCUCGCCCUCCUAGCACGAAGGCUAGCAUGGAGCCGAAACCUGCAAAGAAGUGUUCCAAUGCCAACCGACACAAUUACGGAGUUUGCAUCCGCUGUACCUACUACUAA